UUACUCCUUUGUGCGACGUUCUUGUAACUAUAGCGGGGUUGAAAUAAAAAAGUUUUUUAAAUCCCGAGAGAGCGAGCGAGCGUUUUGAUACUGUUGUGAUCUCCCUUUGUUAGAGGAUUUAUUUUUUUCUUCCCCACCCCCUAUUUCCUCUCCUCUGGCGGAAGUAUCUCGGAGAGCAGAGGCCUCAUCCUUCCAAUGGCGACCGAAAACUGGCAGAAUAGAGAGCGGGAGCAACUGAGGAGGGGGUCAGAGCAGAGAAACGGAAAAUAAAUAAAUAUAUCAUACGAUUACUUAAAAUAAGUUCGACGAAAAUUUACCCCCUGAGCAAUGGCCGAAUCAGUGGCCAAAAGUCAGAAUGUUUCGCUCCUUGAAUCGGAGCUAUAUUACCUAAUUUCUCGCUUUUUAACGACCGGUCCCUGUCGGAAAGCGGCUGAGGUUUUAGUGCGUGAGCUGGAGGAAUACCAGCUCCUGCCAAGGAGAUUGGACUGGGAAGGGAACGCGCAUCCCAGAACCUACGAAGAUUUGGUGGCUGCGAAUAGGCAUGUGGCCCCAGACCACCUGCUGCAGAUCUGCAGGCAGAUGGGUCCGAUUCUGGACAGAGAGUUUCCGUCCGGUGUGUCUGGAGUCUGCUCUCUCCUGGGUUCAGGCCGACAUUCCCUCCUCCGAACGGCCAAAGACUGCAGGAAGGUCGUACGGAAGGGCUCGUUUUUUGCCGCACUCCAUCGGGGAAGACCACCGGAGCUACCUUUGAGAUGCUGGGACCCUCCCAAUCUGGUGAUGGUGUGCCGCGGGAGGGAACUGACUGGGGCGCAGCGUUUCGGCUCCGUUAACCCCGUCAGCAACUACCAACACAUGAGGCUGCACCGGAGGAUUCUGGGCCACCUGUCAGCCGUGUACUGCAUCGCGUUCGACCGCACUGGCCUCCGCGUCUUCACGGGCUCCGAUGACUGCCUGGUGAAGAUCUGGUCCUCCUUCGACGGGCGGCUGCACUCCACACUCCGGGGGCACUCGGCCGAGAUCUCGGACCUGGCCGUUAACUUUGAGAACACCCUGAUAUCGGCCGGCAGCUGUGACAAGACCAUCCGGGUGUGGUGCCUGCGCACCUGUGCGCCCGUCGCGGUCCUCCAGGGCCACAGCGGCUCCAUCACCUCCCUGCAGUUCUCUCCAUUUGCCAAGGGCUCCAAGCGCUACAUGGUUUCCACGGGAACAGACGCCACGGUGUGCUUGUGGCAGUGGGAUGUGAACAACAUCAAUUUCAGUGAUCGGCCACACAAGUUUACAGAGCGGCCGAGACCAGGAGUGCAAGUCAUCUGCUCUUCCUGCAGCUCUGGCGGGAUGUUCCUGGUGACCGGGAGCACUGACCACGUCAUCAGGGUGUACUACCUGGGCUGUGGAACUCCGGAGAAGACUGCCGAGCUGGACGCCCACACGGACAAGGUGGACAGUAUCCAGUUUUGCCAUUCUGGAGAGAGGUUCGUGAGUGGCAGCAGGGACGGCACGGCACGGGUUUGGGCCCUGAAGCAGCGGCACGAGUGGAAGAGCACCCUGCUGGACAUGUCUGCUGCUCUGGCCGGUUCUGAGCCUCGGACUGAUGAGGAGAGCUUCUUCAAGUCCAAAGUGACGAUGGUGUCGUGGGAUCGCCAUGACGACAUGGUCAUCACUGCGGUCAACAACCACCUCCUGAAAGUGUGGAACUCCUACACAGGGCAGCUUCUGCACAUCCUGAGAGGUCACGAGGCGGAGGUGUAUGUGCUGGAGCCACACCCCUUUGACCCCAGGGUCAUGCUCUCUGCAGGGCAUGAUGGGAACGUCUUUAUCUGGGACCUGUCCAGGGGCUCCAAGACACAGCACUACUUCAACAUGAUCGAGGGCCAGGGUCAUGGCGCCGUGUUCGACUGCAAGUUCUCACCGGACGGCCAGCGCUUCGCCUGCACCGACUCCCACGGCCACCUGCUGGUGUUCGGCUUCGGCGGCUCCCGGCCCUACGAGAAGCUUCCAGACCAGGUGUUCUUCCACACGGACUACCGGCCGCUGAUCCGGGACACCAACGGCUUCGUGCUGGACGAGCAGACACAGCAGGCUCCCCACCUCAUGCCCCCGCCCUUCCUGGUGGACGUGGACGGGAACCCCCACCCUCCCCGAUACCAGAGGCUGGUCCCGGGGCGGGAGAACUUCGCCGACGAGCACCUGGUGCCCCAGCUGGGUUACGUGGCCACCAGUGACGGUGAGGUGGUGGAGCAGGUGAUCAGCCAGCAGACGGAGCAGCAGGAGCGCAGCGCCCUGGAUGAGGCCAUCCGCCAACUCCGCCAAGAGCAGGAGCGCCGGGACCCCUCCCACGCCCCGCAUGCCGUACUUGGCACACCCCGCAGAGUGUCGACCAGCGCGGCGGCAGAGGUGCAGUCUCCCCCGAACGUGGGCUUGCGGCGGAGUGGGCAGGUGGAGGGCGUGCGGCAGAUGCACCAGAACGCCCCCCGCAGCCAGAUGGCCACCGAGAGAGACCUGCAGGCCUGGCGUCACCGCGUGGUGGUCCCUGAGCUGCAGCCCAGUGCAUACAGGGUGCAGGAGGACUUCAGGGUGAUGAAGGGCGAGGAGGAGAUGGCUCUCUUCACUGCAAAGAGGCGCAGGUCGACGCACGCAAGUCUCAGGGACGACUCUGACGAUGACACGCCUUGCACCAAGCGGCCGGCUUCCCGCAGGCAGCGGCCCGGAGCCCUGCGGGCCCGCGGAGGCCUGACCGAGGACUUCAUCGAGUUCUCCUGCGAGGAGGGCGAGGAGAGCGCCAGCAGUGAGGACCAGGAGAUAGAGGGCAGCGAUGUGGAGUCCUCCCUUGAUGAGGAGUGGCGCAGCGACAGCUCCAGUAAUUCUUCCAGCGAGUACUCUGACUGGACUGCGGACGCCGGGAUCAACCUCCAGCCGGCCACGCCCCUGUCGUCACGGAGACGCGUCCGCCGCCAAAUAAGCAGCUCUGAGGAGGAGGCGGAGGCGGAGGAGGAAGAGGAGGAGCAGCAGCAGGAUGAAGAGCGAAUGCCCCAGCCUCGCAAGCAGAAGAAGGCAAAGAGCAAGACCCCCAGGCGUCGGAGUGUCAGACCGUCCAUCAACCGAGAAGUGUCAAACGAAUUCCGCCCCUCUGCGUGGAUCACCGACUUUGUUCCCCGGAAGUCUCCCUUUGUCCCUCAGAUGGGCGACGAGGUGAUAUACUUCCGGCAGGGUCACGAGGCGUAUGUGGAGGCAGUCAGCAGGAGUGAGCUGUACCCCAUUAACCUGGAGAAACAGCCCUGGAGGAGGAUGGACCUCAGGGACCAGGAGUUUGUGAAAAUAACGGGGAUCAAGUACGAGGUGUGUCCCCCCACCCUGUGUUGUCUGAAGCUCUCUCUCAUCGACCCCGGCACUGGCAGGCUCAGUGACAAGUCCUUCUCCCUCAAAUAUCACGACAUGCCGGACGUCAUCGACUUCCUGGUGCUGAAGCAGAGUUACGACGAAGCAAGACAGCGAGUCUGGCAACCGAACGACAGGUUCCGGUCUGUGAUUGAUGAUGCCUGGUGGUUUGGGAGCAUAUUGCGUCAGGAGCCAUAUCAGCUUGCGUACCCGGACAGCCUCUUCCAGUGCUUCAAAGUCACAUGGGACAACGGUGAAACGGAGAAGCUCAGCCCCUGGGAUGUGGAGUGCAUUCCGGAGAACGCCCAGCAGCCGGAGGCAGUGGGGGGCGGGGUGCCGGUGACGGCUGCUGAGAUGAGCGAUGUUCUGUACAAGCCGCGCGAGGGCGAGUGGGGCGCCAGGAGCCGAGACGAGGAGAGCGAGCGCAUCAUCGCCGGGAUCGAGCAGCUCGUCACCAUCGACAUCGCCGCUCCCUUCUCUGGGCCGGUGGACAUCGUGCAGUACCCCACGUACUGCACUGUGGUGGCGUACCCCACGGACCUUGGCACCAUCCGGCUGAGGCUGGUCAACCGCUUCUACAGGCGGAUUUCGGCGCUGGUGUGGGACAUACGGUACAUCGUCCACAACGCCAGGACCUUCAAUGAGCCCCGGAGCAAGAUCGCACACUCCGCCAAGAUCAUCUCCGAAGCCCUCCUCAGAUUCAUCAAUAACCCGGACUGCACGGAUAUCAUGGAAAUCUACAGAGCAGUGGAGGACAUGGAUUACUCUGAGGACGAGGACCUGGAGGACCCAGAUGUUCCCAGCACCUCCUCUGGACGCAGGUUGCGACAGCCGUCCGUGGAGGUCGUGCGGGACCGGGAUGCCUGGAAGGAGGACUGCAAGCGGCUGUUGGACUACGUCUUCGAGUGCGAGGACUCCGAGCCCUUCCGCCGGCCCGUCGACCCGGAGGACUACCCGGACUACCUGAACAUCAUUGACACUCCGAUGGAUUUCGAGACCGUGAAGAAGACUCUGGAGCAGGACCAGUACGACAACCCCACGGAGCUGUGCAAGGACGCUCGGCUGAUCUUCGUCAAUGCCAGAGCGUACACGCCCAACAAGCGCUCAAAGAUCUACAGCAUGACCCUUCGGUUGUCGGCGCUGUUCGAGGAGCGAAUCCGCACCAUCAUAUCCGACUACAAGACCGCGGUGAAGAGCGGGGAGAGACUGCGGCGCAGCCAGAGGUGCAGGAAGAGGCUGCAGCACCAGGACCCGGCCCCGCCCGCUGCUGACCCCUCCAGCCAUAAAAGGGGCGGCGUGAAAACUCAGGAAAAAACGGAAACAGCAUCUAAGACUUGCACAAAAUCUACCUCAGCCAAAGUGUCUGCCAGGGAGAGUUCCAGGAAGAGGAGGGGUCACAGAAGCUCCUCCUCCUCUGACUCUGCGUCCUAUCAGAGCCCUGCCAAAGCUGCAUCUGACACCUCAGGGAGCAACGUCGAGUCCACGUCUGACUCUGAGAGUGAAAGCGCCUUCGCCUCGAGUGAAUCCGAGAAGGGCGCAAGCAAGCACUUGUCAUCCUCGCGUCGCCAUGGCGGCAGGGAGGGCAGAGGAACCGGCCGGGUCACCAGGAACAGGAGGGCAAAAGAGCGCAAGAAAAAGAAAAAGGCCUUGGAGAGCGAGCUGUCGAGCAGCGAGAACGAGGACAGCGAGGACAGCGGGAAGCCCUCCACCUCGUCCUCGCAACGCUGCGUGAGGAGGAGCCCGAAGAGGAGGGACCAGGCGGGGAUGUGGAGGAGCCCCAGAGAGUGCGCCAGGCUGACCAGAACCAGUGCGGCAGCCAGCAGGAACAGAGCCGGUACAAGCAGAGCAGGGACCCGAGCUCAGGUGAACGGCCACGCUGAACGAUCCUCCCGGCCGAGGAGGCACGCCGGCAGCAACUCGGAGAAGGAGCUGUCACACGAGUCCGGGGAAGAGGAGGAGGAGGAGGAGGAGGAGGAAGAUGAGGAUGAGGAUGAGGAAGAGGUUGAGGAGAGCACGGGCCGCAGACCCCUGGCCAGAAGGACCGCUGUGGCCGCUGUGAGCAAGAUGAAGAUGAUGGGGAACAUUGAGGAAGAGGAGGGCACUCCCUCUGAGGACGAAGGCAGCCGGAAGGCCGGAGGCCGGCAGAUGGCACGGGUCGGGAGGCGAGCUGCAGUGAUCCAGAGCAGCUCGGAGUCAGAGGAACAUCCCACCAAUCAGAGUGCACUGAAAGCUUUGAAGAAAUGCAAGGGGUCAGGGGACAGGGACAGGGCGGAGAAGCCACACGCCUCUGCCCACUGCAGUCAGAACCGCGAGGCUGCAGGUUCCAGUGGCGCGCGGGUGACCAGGCGAGCAGCCGUGGAUGAGAGACAAGAGGGAAGGUCUCUGGUGAAUGGGCACAGCCAAGAACACCGCAAGGACAGGAAGAGGAGGAGCAAGACGAGAGCGGAGGACUCUGAAGGGGAAGCAAGCCUCUUCCAGAACACAGACGGUGAGGAUGAGGACGAUGCGGUUGGCCGGCGUGUGCCGGCCCGAGCCAGGAGGAAUGCACUCCACGUCAGCGAGGAAGAGGACAGUCGCCCCAAAACCAGGGGCAACAAGCGCUCGCCUCUCCUGCAGCAGGAAUCGAGGAGCUCCGAAGAGGAAGACCAAAAUGCCGCCGCCCGAAAGCAGCAACAGCAGAAUGGAAGGACGGCCGAAGUGGACGAGUCCUUACCCAGUACUGAGGACGAAGAAGACCACCAGCUGAGUCAGACCGCCAAAGGCUCCAAGAAAAGGAAGCUGGUCUCCUCCGACGAAUGGUCGCAGGGCAAGAGCGAACAGUCAGAGAGCGAGGAGCGGCGCUUCUCCAACCGACGUCCGUGCCUGCGAGCCCUGCCCAAGAAGAAGUACAUCACCGAUUCCGAGGAGGACUUCCAGCCCGGGCCAGGAAUCCAGACGAGAAACGGGAAAGUUAGCUCAUCCAAGCGAAAACGCAGCUGGACGGAGUCCGAGUCCGAGGAGGAUGAUGAUGAUGAUGAUGAUGUUGUCCGGACACGGCAAAAGGGCAGGAAACCGGCGAGCAAGCGUCGUCUGUCGGACCGCCAGACGGAGUCUGAGCCCGAAGAUGGGACUGUUGAGAACCCCUCCCCGUCACGCAGCGGACAGACCCGUUCCACCGAGGACGAGGAUGAGGAUGAAGAUGAAGAUGAGGAGGAGGAGGAGGAAGAGGAGCCUGCACCUGCCAAAAGGCAGCACCACAGGAAGGGGAACGUCCGAGAAAGCAGCACCAGUGGCCUGGACUCCAACAGCCGUGAGGAACCUUCCCGGUCUCCUUCGCCGUCUCCGUCUCCCAGGUUGAGGUCCCUGAGGAGAAGUCCUAAGGGGAGCGACCGCGCCAAGAUGUGGAGGACCCCCUUCCAGCUCCGGCAGCGCAGGAAGGACUCGGACAGCGACGGCCAGCGCGUCCGGACCCGCAACCGCGGCCGGCGGACGGUCACGUACCACGACAGCGAAUGAAGGAGGAGGGCGCGGGGCUUCCUGCCCUGUGAACUGCAGACACUACAACUGGAAAACCUGGGAGACACUUGAUUGUCACUAAAGGGUAGUCGCACUGGAUUCCUUUAAAGAGAAAGAGAUGGAGGUAAAAAUGCUGUGAAUCGGUUUCAUUCAGGGAUAUUUAUAUUUUCUAUGAAAAACAUUAAAUAAAAGUAUGAAGUAAUGAAUUUAAUCGCUGGUUUUACAAGGUUUAGAAUGCUCACGUUAUGCUUCUGUGGUUUGGCCAGCUAAAAAUAUCAAGUGCGGGAUGCAUUGCCAGCUUGGGUGCUAUCUUCAAUAUACCUCUGUUUAAUCAAGCAUAUGUUGCUGGCUUGCACUAAAAUGCACACUGUAUUGAGGUUUUUCAAACACUAGUUUUCGCAUUAGAAACUCAGGGGUCAAUUACGUUUACUGUAGUCUCUACCAUGCAGUCUUUUUUUAAUAUAGAGAAUUAAAGUAAUAACAGCAAACAUUUCCAAGAUGGCAGUCACAGUUUGAAGCACACUGACUGAACAAACCCACGUUGCCCACGUUUGCUCCUUUGUAAAAGCCACGCGCAUUACACACUGCAGUGUAGAGAUGUGGACAUGUGAGCCAAAAUGUACAAAUAUGCAUCAUCCACAUUUCCCGUUUGUGUUCUUUUUUCCAUUUUUAAAUACUUUGUUUUGUGUAUUUGAUUAAGGAAAGGGGCUGUAAAUAUGUAAUUUGGAAGCGUUUCUUUUUGUGGUUUUUGUUGAGGUUAAGUAUGAAAACCCUGUAGCAAAUAUUGCAUAUUUAAAUUCAGUUUUGGAGUUGAGCAUUUAUGUUAUUUUUCCAUUUAAACAAAUGCAUUAUUGUCUUGCCAUAUUUGAUAUGAAUUGGUACCCGUUUGCCAAGUACAGGAACCCAGAAAUGUACUUCUAGCAAAAAUGCUAUUUUCUCAUAUUGGGAAGACGAUUGUUGUGCAGUGUUGUAAUUUUCAGUAUUAAAUUCCCUUUUCUUUACUUAAAGGAGAAGCGCUCUUUUAAGCCAGUCACACAGUAAACCUGCUUUGUUUUAUUAACGUUGGGGGUGGGAGGGGGUCUAUAAAUGCAUUAUGACUUUUUCAUGUGCUCUUUCACGGGGGCAGAUAUCGCAUAAAGUUUGGUUGUGGAGUGAGAGGUGGUGGCUGACUUAUUUCUGGUAAAUAAAAUUCAUUUUCAAACUAAA